GCUACCCGAGCACAAAGGAGGGCCGCCAUCGAACGCUGCUCCGGCGCAACACAUCCGUCCGUACGCACUCCCCUCCCUUUUCCCUACGUUCUACUUGCGCGCGCGCGCUCGCGUUGGGUGCGUACGCGCGCGUGUGUGUGCGUGUUCGUUUAGCACUUAAGUGUUGGUUGUGGCGCGUGUGGUGCUGCGUCUUGGAAGGUGUUGCUUCGUGCGUGUCGCGGGAAGAGAUAUCUCGCUACCGGAGCCGAGGCAGUGGUUUUUGGCCGUUUUCGGCACUGUGUGUUUAUGCGUGUAUGUGUGAUCUGUAUGUGCCCCCCCCUGUGUGAGGACUGAGUAGUCCUGAUUGUGCCAAGACGCGCGGUCGGUCGUUUUAGCAACUCGUGAUCGAGCGAUCUCCGGUGGUAGUGUUGUUGUUUAACUGUGUGUGAUUACUACUGUCAACAUCAUACAGCGGCAAGAUUGAAAAGCAGCAGGAGGAAACGUAGGAAAAAUCAAGCAGGGCGGAGAUCCGUGUGUCGCCAAAUUGUUCGGAAGCUCUCCCCCCCACGGACAGUGACACGGUGCAACAGAUUAGAAGUUUCAGCACCAACAACCAGAUAUAACUUUACUUCCAAACCCACCUGUUCGUGCGUUACGAUGCGUCAUCUACUGUUGGUGUUCGCAGUGGCCGCCGUGCAGCUGGUGGUACUGCUGGAGCAGGCUGCUAGCGAAUCGUACCCGAUGACGAACUGUCCGACCAAAUCGACCUGCGGUCAGUGCAUCCAAGCGAAGAACUGCCGUUGGUGCAAAGAUCCGAACUUUACGCAGCCUCGCUGCCACGGGCAGAUCGAGAACUACUGCGCCGAAGAGUUCACGGUUGAUCCGAGCAACUCGUACCAACUGAUCCAUGGUAGACCGCUUAGCAAAGCGUCGGGUGGGGCCGCCGCGGCCGGUACGAGUGAGGCGCAAGGGUCAUUCUUUUCGCAAAGCCACCAACAGUCGAGCUCGUCCUCCAGCUCUUCGUACCAGUCGUCGUCCUCGUCGUCCUCGGCCAGCAGCAUCGUACAGAUUUCUCCACAACGUGUCGGGCUCAAGCUAAGGCUCAAUGAAGUCUACUCGCUAAACGUCAACUAUGCCCGGGCCGAGGACUAUCCGGUCGAUCUAUACUAUCUGAUGGAUCUGUCCAAAUCGAUGGAGGACGACAAGAACAAACUGUCGUCGCUCGGUGCUGAAAUAGCGAGAGAAAUGCGUGGCAUCACCAGCAACUUUCGGCUCGGGUUUGGUUCCUUCGUUGACAAGGUGCUCAUGCCGUACGUUUCGACCGUGCCGAAGAAUUUGCUUGAACCAUGCUCCGGUUGUGUUGCUCCCUAUGGCUACCAUAACCUAAUGCAACUAAGCAGCGAUGCCAAUCGUUUCACUGAAGAGGUACGAAUGGCGAACGUGUCGGGCAAUUUGGACGCACCGGAAGGUGGCUUCGAUGCGAUCAUGCAGGCAAUCGUGUGCCGCGACCAAAUCGGAUGGCGUGAUCAGGCUCGCCGUCUGCUGCUCUUCUCGACCGAUGCUGGCUUCCAUUACGCGGGCGAUGGCAAGCUGGGUGGUGUGAUCACGCCCAACGAUGGCGAGUGCCACCUGGAUAAGGAAGGCUGGUAUACGCAUUGGGACAGGCAGGACUACCCGAGUAUCUCACAGAUUAACCUGAAGGUGAAGGAGAACGCGAUCAACGUGAUCUUCGCGGUGACCGCCGGCGAGACAUCUGUGUACGAGAAGCUGUCCGAGCUGGUCGAGGGCUCGUCCGUCGCAAUGCUGUCGGAAGAUUCGUCCAAUAUCGUGUCGUUGGUGGCCGAACAGUAUCAGAAAAUCUCAUCGUCAGUGGAGAUGAAGGACAAUCGAACGGAUAACGUGAUCGAUGUGAAGUACUGGUCCCGGUGCCGCGGCAACACAUUGGUACAGACGAAUCGAUGCGACGGACUAAAGGUGGGCGAAAAGGUGACGUUCGAGGCGCACAUCACGCUAACGAAGUGCCCGGAAGACCCACGCGAAUGGAACCAGGUUCUACAGAUCUAUCCGGUCGGUAUAAACGAGAGUCUGACGGUUGAUAUCGAGAUGCUGUGCAGCUGCCCGUGCGAGCAUCCAUCGGAUCCGGGUUAUCAGGUGGAGUCACCCCAGUGCAACGGACAGGGGACGCUGAAGUGCGGUAUCUGCGAGUGCAACAACCAGCACCAUGGGUUGUUGUGCGAGUGCUCGCACCUUGGUGAUGGUUCGAGCGAGCCAGGCGUGUCCGAUACCUGCCGUAUGUCCAAUUCCACUGAGGAGUGUAGCAACCGUGGUCACUGCGUGUGCGGCGUGUGCCAGUGCGAGCAACGUACGAACAAAGACGAACUGAUUACGGGCAAGUUCUGCGAAUGUGACAACUUCUCCUGCGAGCGCCGCAACGGGCUGCUGUGCUCCGGGGAGGACCACGGUAGUUGUGUGUGCGGUCAGUGCGAUUGCCGCGAGGGUUGGACGGGACAGGCCUGCGAUUGCCAGAAGAGUAACGAUACAUGCAUGCCACCCGAUGGUGGAGAAAUCUGUUCCGGACAUGGUACGUGCGAGUGUGGUGUCUGCCGUUGCGCCGUGACGGAGGAAGGUCGCUACACCGGCUGGCAUUGCGAGAAGUGUCCUACCUGUGCUGGCCGCUGCACCGAGUUCAAGCACUGCGUCCAGUGUCAGAUGUACAAGACAGGGCCGCUGUAUCCGGAUGGCUGCGCGAAUUGCAGCUUGUUCGUGCCGACGGCAGUCGAAAAGGUGACGAUCGACGAGGAGCGAAACGAUAACAAGUGCACGUUUUACGACGAGGACGAUUGCCGUUUCGAGUUCUCCUACAACGACAGGGAAAAUGCCAAAAAUUCGAGUAUACCAGUCGAGGUGCAUGCGCAGCAGGAACGCGAAUGCCCGCCAAAGGUUUUUAUGCUUGGUAUCGUGUUGGCCGUGAUUGCGGCAGUCGUUUUGAUCGGAAUGGCCGUGCUGCUGCUCUGGAAGGUGCUCACCUCAAUCCACGAUCGGCGUGAAUUUGCGCGCUUCGAAAAGGAGCGGAUGAUGGCCAAAUGGGACACGGGCGAGAAUCCCAUCUACAAACAAGCGACGACAACAUUCAAAAACCCUACUUACGCCGGAAAGUGAGCGGUAUACGGACAUACCUACGGGCAGAGAGGUUGGCGCAGCCAGUAAUAUCGCCAAAAGUCUGCAUAAUGUCUAGCUUGGCCCCUUAGUGUUCGUGCUGAACGUGUGCCAGGAGAGUUUCCCUCUAGUCGCUUUCAUCGCCAGCCCAACUAAGCGAAGCGAAACGCUAACGUCCCAUUGUAUUAUGCAAUAUGGAGAAGCCUUUUUUUUAAUAUGCGGGAGGUUUUUGGGGGGAAUUUGAAAAAGUCGGUGUGAAGUACUUUAAAGGGCGUAAAGACUUAACCGCCCUAAAUGCGCGCAGACCAGCACAUCGUGCUCGUUUUGGACGCACGCACAGACACGCAUGUGUUCAGCACAAUUUUAAUCGACCGACCGAUUUACGAUAGUAUUGUUUUGGUUUUGCCAACAUGUGCCUCUAACUCAAGUACUAGCAGUUAUUAAUGAAACAAUUAUACUUACUAGCCUUACUUUAUGACACGUUGCUAGCAGCAGGAUCCCAAAUUACUCCCACAUUUACUCCCGGGGGCUGCUACGCUGCCAGAGUGUAGAGAAUUCGAAUUGGGGGUUUCUAUUUAAAAAAAAAACUGAAAAUGCUGAUAGGCAAAUAACGCCAAACGGAACAGUGCCUUACUG